AUGUAUAUCGAACACUUUAUUAGUUCUAUUCCUUCUCAACAUCCAGUUCUUCUAACUCUUAAUGACUACAAGAACCAUAUAAAUUAUACAAGCAUCAAUUUUUGUUACAAAAAUAAAAUUCUUUUAUACACCUUUCCUCCACAUAUGACUCAUAUCCUUCAGUCAUCCAAACUUCCAUUUUCCAAACUAAAAGCUGAAUACAACAAGGUUUGCAAUAAACUUCAUAGUGAGAGUAGUGAAUUAGUAACUAAACACACAUUCAUCAAAAUGUUUGAUCUAGCAUAUAUAAAAACUUACACAUCUAAUAUGAUUAUUAAUCCUAAUACUAUUAAUUCAGAUCAUCUUACUUCCUCUAUAUAUACAGAACAAAUUAAUGUUUUAUCUUCAUUCCAAUCAACUGAUCAAAAACUUCUUUCAAAUGCCAUAUUAUCAUCUUCUUAA